CUCCCCUCCCCCUCACGCCUAUUCACCGACUUAAGGACGAUAGGGAAAUUUGGAGGCUGCAGUUGAUCAGUUGAAUUUGUGGCGACGUGAAGAACAGACGAGGUCCAUAACAAUGAAGACGUUCGACGUUCUCUUGUUUUGUGGAGUUGUGCUUCUGUCCGUGAUCCUCUCAACCUCAGGAGACAAACCGUCGCGGGUGGUGUGUUACUUCAGCAACUGGGCCAUCACCCGUCCAGGAGUGGGGAGCUACAAAAUUGAAGACGUCCCAGCCGAUCUGUGUACUCACGUGAUCUACUCCUUCAUCGGUGUGAGCAAUGUCACGUGGGAGGUGCUGGUUAUUGACCCAGAGAUCGACUUGACAAUGACCGGCUUUGCCAAUUUCACCGCGCUCAAGAAAAGGAUCCCCGGGCUGAAGACGGAAGUCGCCGUUGGAGGGUGGGGAGAGGGCGGAAGGAAAUACUCCGGCCUGGUAUCCGUGAAGGAAAGACGAGACAGUUUCAUUGCCAGUGUUGUGGAUUUCAUGGAGCAGUAUGGAUUUGACGGAUUCGACCUCGACUGGGAAUAUCCUGGAGCUGCCGAUCGUGGAGGCAGCUAUUCCGACAAAAAUAACUUCUUCUACUUCGUCGAAGAGUUACGGAGAGCUUUCGACAGCAAGGGCAAGGGUUGGGAGAUCACAAUGGCUGUGCCGCUUGCCAAGUUCAGGCUGCAAGAAGGCUACCACGUUCCUGAACUCUGCGAACUGGUGGAUGCUAUCCACGUCAUGGCAUACGAUUUGAGAGGGAACUGGGCUGGGUUCGCGGACGUGCACAGUCCUUUGUACAAGAGACCGACGGACCAAUGGUCAUACGAGACUUUGAACGUGAAUGACGGACUUCAGCUGUGGGUGAACAUGGGCUGCCCGCCGGACAAGCUUGUGGUUGGAAUCCCGUUCUACGGCCGCACCUUCACGCUGAGCCAGGGUACCAGCAACUACAACAUCGGCACUUACAUCAACAAAGAGGCCGGCGGGGGUGCUCCAGGUCCCUACACACAAGCCGCCGGGUUCCUGGCUUACUAUGAGAUCUGCGAGUAUCUGCAAGACGAUCCUGAUUGGGUGAAGAAGUUUGAUGACAUUGGGAAGUGUCCUUAUUCUUACAAAGGAACCCAGUGGGUUGGCUACGAGGACGCAACCAGCGUGCAGAUAAAGAUGGACUUCAUCAAGGAGAAAGGUUACCUCGGAGCCAUGACUUGGGCGAUAGACAUGGACGAUUUCCAAGGCCUCUGUGGUCCGAAGAACCCACUCAUUACCAUUCUGCACGACAACAUGAAAGACUACAUCGUCCCCACACCGCACGUCUCAACUACACCCCGCCCGGAGUGGGAUAGGCCACCAAGCACUACACCAUCUGGAGGAGCAACACCAAAAUCCUCCACUUCCUCCGUUACUACUGCCACCACAGCAAGUGCUCCUACUGCUAUUACAACAGCUGCCACAAUCAGCACAACAGAAUCCACUACUGCAUCACCCAUCACACAAACUGUGAACCCAGAAACCCCUGCGGCAUCCUCUAGCCCUGCGGAGGAACCCGACUGUACGAAUGCUGACUACCUGCCGGCUGUUGACUGCCAGAAGUUUUAUCAGUGUGUAUUUGGAAAAGUGCUCCAACUCUCAUGCCAAUCUGGAACUGUGUGGAAUCAGGAAAAGAAGGUCUGUGAUUGGCCUGUAAACUCUGCUCGAGCUGAGUGCCAAACGAGUCGGAAAUAAGUACAACAUUGCAACAUGUGCGAUUUAAAUGACUCAAAACAUCGUAAAUAAACCAAUGUACAAAUAUGUUUCGAGUGAACCGUAUAAAUGGCCAUAUAGAUAAGAAUAUGUAUAUAUGCUUUAUUAAAAAUAUGAUAAUAGCAAGUGCAAAC